AUGUCUCUGACAGACUUGCCUCUCGACUCCUCUAGCCAGGACCAUUCUUCAGUGGACUCGGAGAAGAAUGUACCUGCGCAUGGCAAUGAAAAUCCUGUCGAAGAUGAAUCAGAGUACUUGACAGGGCUCGAACUGAGCCUGGUGGUGCUAGGUUUAUGCCUCGCUGUGCUGCUAGUAGGUCUGGAUAAUUCCAUUCUAUCUACAGCAAUUCCGACUAUUACUACCAAGUUCAACUCACUAGAGGAUGUGGGUUGGUACGGGUCAGCUUUCCUGGUCUGUGUAUGCGCGCUUCAACCUAUCUCAGGAAAGAUCUAUCAAUACUUCUCACUGAAAUGGACAUACCUUGCAUUUCUCACAAUCUUCGAAAUAGGAAGCUUGAUAUGUGCCACAGCUGUCAACUCUGUCAUGUUGAUUGUUGGUCGAGCUAUUGCUGGUGCUGGUGCGGCUGGGUUGUUUUCUGGUGCCUUGGUCAUUCUCUCACAUUCCGUUCCAUUGCGACAGCGACCUCUAUACACUGGAUGUAUUGCUUCUAUGUUCAGCGUGUCCAAUGUAGUCGGACCAAUUCUCGGUGGUGCUUUCACCCAGCAUGCAACAUGGCGAUGGUGUUUCUACAUAAAUCUGCCAUUGGGAGCAAUCACUGCCGUCAUCUUGGUAUUUUUCUUUUCGCCGAAUGAACGCUCUACAACAAAACAAUCGCUCUCUCAAAAAAUCAAGCAUCUCGAUCUCCCCGGGCUCGCCCUAUUCAUCCCGGCCGUGGUCAUGGUGUUGUUAGCAGUGCAAUGGGGAGGCACCACACACCCGUGGAAAUCUGCCACAAUUAUUGGACUCUUCAUUGGCUUUGGCGUUCUCAUUUGUCUGUUCGCUGCCUGGCAAUGGUACCUCAAGGACGAGGCAAGCAUACCACCUCGCAUCAUGUGCCAACAAAGCGUAUAUACGGCAGCUGUGGUAGUGUUUAUGGGAAUGGGGAGCGUUCAGCUUAUUACGUAUUAUCUGCCCAUGUGGUUUCAAGUCAUCAAGAACGAUACGCCAUUGGAGAGUGGGAUUCGCUUCCUUUUCUCUGUGCUUGGAGGACUUUUGGGCAGCAUCAUCCCGGGAGGUCUAGUAACGAUGUACGGCCACUUCAACCCGUGGCUCUUUUUCGGUACCAGUAUCCUAGCUAUUUCGGGAGGGAUCUUCUCUACUUUCGAUCUCGAGACUGGGAAUGGUAUGAUCAACGGCAUUCAAGUCCUAGGAGGCAUUGGCUCUUCCUGCGUGAUUCAAAUGCCCCUAAUAGGACUCAUGUCACUCAUUCCCCAAGCCGACCUCCCAAUCGCGACUUCAAUAGCAGUAUUCUUCCAGUUUUUCGGUGGAGCAAUCUUCCUUGGCAUCGGAAACAACAUCUUCGUCUCUCGGCUCAUCUCCGCUCUACAUAAAUACACACCUGAUCUCAAUGCACAGAUGGCUGUGAGGGUUGGCGCUGAGGGGUUCAGGGAAUUGGUUGGAGAAGCGGAUCUGCAUGCGGGAUUGGUUGCGUACAGUGACGCGUUGGUGACGACGUUCUAUAUGUGCGCUGCAGGUUCUGCGCUUGCUUUCUUUUGUGCCUUUGGGAUGGGAUGGAGGAGUGUCAAGGAGGAGGAGAGGAGGAGUUGA